UACCCCUCUUUCUUUUUCCCGUGCAACGUCCUUCUUGCCGGGCCACGGCCUUUCGCCCCAACGGAGAAGUGGUGUCCUCCGCCCCGAUUUCGCCCACAGGUUUCCUCCCGCCCACCUGCUCCUCGGAUGCGUCGGAGCCCGCGAAUUGCUGCCCCCCGUGGAGUUUUGUAGGGUUCCUCCUCCGAUUCGAUCGAUUCCGUAGGUCUUGGGGAGUGCCACGAGCCUCGGAUCUGCGGAAACGGCGAAGGAUUGAGCUGGCGCGGGCUGGGUGGGCGGAAUUCGGUCCUCGCUUCGAGAUUUUAGGUAAUGGCUGGGGUUUUUAGGGGUUUCUUGGUUUGGGUGCGGAUCUCUAGGAAGUUUGAGGUGGUUGGACCUCGGAGGCGUGUUCACGGUGAUUUGAUCUGUGAAUCCAGCUCCGUAUGAGCCGAUAGAUAUUGAAGAGUGGGGGGGAUCAAGGUGGAGUUUCAAGAAUAUCUUUGUGAUGAUUUGUGAGGUUUUAGCAUAACAAAGCAGAAUCUCUGGAUCUUUGAGCCCUUACAUCUCAAACUUGAAUGAGUUUUGUUGCUAUCUGUAUCAUCACAUCGGCAAUAAGUUUUGAGUUCUGAUCCUAUCUUCCUGUCGAUCUUUCUUUCAAACGGUAUGAGUUCUUGAUUAUUUUGGACACGGAGCGCGUGAAGUUUGGGGAGAGUCUCUCUGUUCCCCUGGAGUUCCAAGAUUUCAAGGUCUGGUGUUGAUGUUGAGCUUGAAAGUUGGGAGAUCAGACGAAUCUUUUCCAUCUGUCUUAAUUAGGUGGUCGGUUCUUUCUUUGAUGGAAUAUUUGGAAAAAAUUCAGACCUUCUGGUUUAAUACGUUUUUAUGGCUUUAAUUUUGUUGGGUCCUGCAGUCGUGUAGUCUUGGAAUUAUCGGCAGAGCCAGUGGAUUUUGGAAACGGAGACAGUUGAUAUCUUGAUGUUAUCAGAGUCCACUUUUUUCAAUACCUCAAGGUGAAAGAUGGAGUAGCUCUGAGGAGUACAAGGAAGGGAAAUGAUCGAUCAAUUUGUCAAUUUUGUGAUUCGACCUCCUAGGGCAGAAUAUGACCCAGACCAGUAUUUAUGGGAAUCAGAAUUCACUCUUGCAAGCAGAAAAUUCAAACGUCUAGACUUGGAGGCAAGUACGGACAUCAGUUAUCGAGCUUACAAAUGCAAGAGGUCACACCUUGCAGUGCAGUCACUAUGUUCCAUCUGAUAUCCCAGAAAACACUGCUCUUCCCUGUGUCGUUUACUGCCAUGGAAACAGUGGAUGUAGAGCAGAUGCAAAUGAAGCCGCCGUAAUCCUUCUUCCUUCAAAUAUUACAGUCUUCACUCUUGACUUUUCAGGCUCGGGACUAUCUGGUGGUGACUAUGUCAGCCUUGGUUGGCAUGAGAAUUGUCGUCUCGUUCCUGCGGAGCAAUAAGCAAGUUUCUUGUAUAGGCCUUUGGGGACGAUCUAUGGGUGCUGUCACAAGCCUUCUUUAUGGUGCAGAAGACCCCUCUAUUGCUGGCAUGGUGCUGGAUAGUGCAUUCUCUAAUUUAUUUGAUCUAAUGAUGGAGCUUGGGGAUGUUUACAAGAUUCGGCUUCCCAAAUUUACGGUCAAAAUGGCUGUUCAGUACAUGCGGCGUGUUAUUCAGAAGAAGGCUAAAUUUGACAUUAUGGAUCUGAACACUGUGCAGUUUGCACCAAAGACCUUUAUUCCAGCAUUAUUUGGGCAUGCUUCUGAGGACAUAUUUAUUAAGCCACAUCAUUCUGGUCUUAUUUACCAGGCAUAUGCAGGAGAGAAGAAUAUUAUCAGAUUUGAGGGUGAUCACAACUCCCCUAGACCAGAAUUUUAUUAUGAUUCUGUUUCAAUUUUCUUUUACAAUGUCCUUCAUCCCCCUCAAAUCCCUAUAACAUGCUCAACUAAGCCGGAGAGGUACUAUGGUUUAGGAGGUCUGAAGAUUGCUGCUGGUACAGAUGAGAAUUUAUUGUACGAGAUCAUUACUGGUCUCCGUGCUGCUCGCUCCAAUGCAGCAAAUUCCUCAUCAGCUCCUCCUAGCAAUCCAAAUGGUGCAGGACCAAUCUCCUUGACUUCUAUAGCAUUGAUAUGUAACUUUCACUUGGUAUUAUUAUCUGUUCCUCAACAAUCAUGCGGUUGCAUUAUAGGUUCAACCACAAAAUCAGUAGUUGAAUUGCUAUCGGAAAGUGUAGCUAAUAUGUCGUUAAAUAAUGAGCUGGAUUUUUUCCUUGAUCAUGAGAAUACUGAUACUGGAAUUGGUGAGACUAGUGCGCAACAAUCCCAUUCGCAGGAUAAACUGAACGAGCAGAAUGAUGAAUGCUGCUCGUAUACAAGCUCAAACAGAGAGAGCUGGGGGAGGUGUUCAUCUUUAGGGGGAGCAAGUGAGGGAUCAUCCUCAGCAGAGUGCACUGGAAGUUUGAACAGCAAAAACCAGCAUAUGACACUGAAGGCACUCGCAACGCCUCUGAGACGGAUACAAGGGAAGUCAUCUGCUGAGCUAAAAGAGAAGAAGGGCAGCCCAAUAUCUAAGAAACCAAAACAUGAGAAGCUGGAGAAGUGGGAGACACUAAGCCAGCGCCUGCGACUCUGCUUUCUGGGUCGAGCCAACCACAAGCGACACCGAUCAUCUUAAACUACUUUAAACUUCGUCCCUUUGUAUCAUAAAUGGUAAUUCCCUGUGAAGUUUUUGAUACGUCUCUUUCUCUCCCCAUUGUUUCCCUUUAUUUUUUAACCGGUGAAUGUAACUUAAAAUGUAAGUUGUAUCUAGUUAACAAGUCUACUGAAUCUGAGAAAAGUGAUUUGACCUGAACCUACUGGCUUGAAGGUGGAUCAGGCCAGCCGGUUAGGCUGAAACAAAUGCCAUGUAAUGUGUUUGCAGUUUUGUUUCUGGUUCAGAUCAAGACAAAUCAGACCUGAGUUUGCCGGGCA